AUGCAUCUAUCACCAGCAAUGGCUUUACCUUAUAUCCCAAGUCGCACCUCUACGAAGCCUCCCAAUUCGAAACCACGACAGAAACAAGAAACUCCAGCCUCAGCACCAACUCCAAGAUUAGUCCCGGGAGAGCGAAGAGUCAUGCCUCGCCUUAGCAAGCCAAGUCUCGACCCUGUUCUGGAGGGCGAUCAACGACUCUCAAAGGAUGUAGAGCAGAUGGUCUCUGGGGAUGCUACCAAAGUGACGAGAAAGCAAUCAUUACCGAUACUCACCAGAAAACGGAGUGACUUCUUUGAGGAAGCGUUUGGAUCGAAUCAUGCGCAAGUCUCCGGAGAUCGAAUACGGAAUGAGUCUCCUGUUCUAGUAGAAAUCAAGGCAAACGUCAUUAUUGAAGAUGAAUUCACUUUCACCACUGAACUAUCGGAGUACCUCUCUUUGCUAUAUAAUCGCCCGGCAUCUUCUAUCGUAAUAACAGUUCAGCAUGGGAUCUGUAUUCAUUUUGGUGGGGGUUCUGAUCCUUGCUAUACCAUGACAAUCGAGGCUCUUGCUCGGGACGUCCAGACGACGACGAACAAACGCAACAUUGCUCUUUUCCAGAGACACAUGGAGCAAGCUCUGAGGAUUCCUCCAUCUAAGGGGUUCUUGAGAUUCGUCCCCCUCGCUGAAGACUGCGCUGGGUGGAAGGGUAACACACUUGCUGGGCAUAUUGCAGAGGCGAUGGAACAGGAACAAACGGUAACGGUAACGGAACGUCGAGGUUCAAUCAGAGCUCCGAGAAGAAGGUCUAGUAAGGCAUUUCGAGAGAUGAGGAGUAAGAUUACUGCAUCAGAGACCGCAUCUACAUCGAAUCCUGACACAUCGACUGGUGUAUUAACUGAUGAUCCAGCAACUCUUGGAAAGGCUGUGAAAAGCGAGACAGAGACCGAGAAAGACAACACAAAGACGAUGAAGCGAAGGAAAAGUUUCAUUCAUGCCCUGUUUCCUAGGUCAGCGAGUCGAUUGGCGGACAGAGAGGCGGAAUAGGAGGGAAAACGAAUGCAGAAGUGCCUAUCAACUAGGUAGGUAGGUACCUUAGUCAACAGGAGUGAUUAAAAGGUUGAAAUAUCGGUGGAAUUCUUUUAUCUAUGAGGAAAGAUAUGAACGGAAUUCAUAAGUCAAGUAUUGCUUCGGUACAGGGUAACCACCUGCAAAUUGCAUGCGCCACAGGCGACAUGAAGGUUUCAGGAGCUAGAAAAGAUAUUAGAAGAACAGAGCGCUCUCCCAGUCAGGGAGUGAAGCUAGAUACCAAUAGUGAUGAGAUAACCUACAAAGAUAUUACUUCGACUUGGGACUCAUUAUAUCUGAACCUGGCUUAGAUCACAUAAACUCACAUAUGAGUCUAUAAGGAAUAUAUCGAGGCCCGAUAGAAAACCACCUGAGGUUGUUACAGGAGGUAGUUUAGUGGAUUGCGGAGAGUUUCAGCGCUAUCCGCUGCUGCCUGAGCAGUCAUUGCUCCAACCACCUCCAAAUGACAAUUUC